GUCACACUUUUGGUUGGUGAACCGAUGUUCACCCAUCUUCAACAAGGCACACCCAUUCGAAAGGGCCUUCAUGAUCCAGCAGCCGUCUUCACGAAGCUGGGUACAAUCCUAGCAGGAGCCGUCUCUUCAAUUGGCACCCAACCAGAGGUUUUCUCUUUCAGCUUAGUGCCUGUGCAUGAAGAAAAGGACAGUAUUGAACAGUUAUGA